GAGACGCCUUGGUUACCGCGGCAGCGCUGCGCGCUCCUUUCGGCUCCGCACCCGCACUCGGUAAAUUCGCUUUUCCGUCGCGAUGCGAUCACUGUCAACGUAAUCCGCACAAGUCCAAAAUGCUGAAAGCAAAAAUACUCGUAAUUGGACCAAGCGAGAGCGGUAAGACGGUGCUGUCAAACUUCCUCUCGGACACCGUGGAGACGAUCGGAGGCGAAUACUACCCCACGCAGGGGGUCAGGAUUCUGGAAUUUGAAUCGCAGACUUUGGACGGAAGCGUGAAAAACGGUACCUGCGAAGUGGAGCUCUGGGAUUGCGCCGGGGACUUUAAGUUCGAGUCCUGCUGGCCGGCCUUGAUGAGGGACUCCAGCGGGGCCGUAAUCGUAUUUAAUCCAGACGUGCCCAGCCACCUGAAGGAAAUAGAGACGUGGCACUCCUCGUUCGUUUCCUCGCAGGGACUGCAGGACAGCCAGUGUCUGCUCAUUGCCCACCGCAAACCGGGGAGUGGGACCGACGGUGGACGACCAGCAUUAGCAUCACAGUUUAACAAACUGCCCCUCGUUCACUCCACCCUGGAAGAGGACCCGGAGCAAGUGAGGCAAGAGUUCCGGAAGUACCUGGGAUCCGUCACCAAGACGCUGUCAGAAAGCCGUGAGCGGGAGGAGAUGUCAAUCAUUGCUUAGAACUGAAGGACAGAAUCACUGAGGCUUUUCAGACUUGAGAUUAGUCUGGGAACAAAGGAAUAUAGUUCAGUCUUAUAGUUCAUUAAACAUGAUCAAUUAUAUCAGAAUCUAAAAUGGCACUUUGUAUCAAUUUGGAGAAAGGUCAGCUAUUAUGUGAACUAUGUUGAAUUUUGCAUGUAAAUAAACAUUUUCGAAUGGG